AUGGAGAGCUUGAAUUCAGUUGUAGGUAGCAAUGAACAAAUAAAGGAACCACAUGUUAUAAAUGCAUCGGACAGUGAUUUUGGGGAAGAUGGAAUGGACGAAGUUAGCUCGAUUCCUUUUCAAUCACCAGGUGGUGGUAUGUAUUGGAAACCUCGGGUUGAAGCAGAAUUUAAACCUUAUAUAAACCAAAGCUUCCGAUCACUAGAGGAUGGUAUAGAGUUUUACAGAGAGUAUGGACAUAAAAGUGGGUUUGAGAUCAGACGGCAUACAGAGAAGAAACAUGAGGACGGUACAGUUCUUCUUAAACACAUUGUUUGCAGUAGAGCUGGCAGCAAUGAAUCAAAGAUGGAUGUUGAUUUUGAGGAUUUUAGUAGCAUUUCGAAAAAGAGAAGGAGAACUGUAUCUAGUAGAUGUGGUUGCAAAGCUAAAGUCGUUUUUAAGUUCUAUGGUUUGAAAGGAUAUAAUGUUCUCUCAUUCGUUGAAGAGCAUUCUCAUUUUUUGGUCUCCGGUAGUGGGAAACAUUUUUUGAAGUCAAAUAGAGUUCUCGGUCUCGCACAUAAGAAACUUGUAUUUGAUGGUGCAAAAGCCAACAUGAGGGACGUGAAGCUUUAUAUUGGUGAUCGAGAUGCUCAAAUGAUCAUCGAGAAGUUCACGGAUAAGAAGGAGAUGAGUGAUGGAUUUUUCGAUGAUUAUGCAGUCGAUGAAGAUGGUCGAUUAACUCGCAUCUUUUGGGCAGAUGUUAUUGGACGAAGAAAUUACGAUGUAUUUGGAGAUGUGAUAUCAUUUGACUCUACAUAUUCCACAAACAAGUACAACAUAAGGUUUGUUCCAUUCACUGGUCUCGACAAUUAUAAGAAGUGUGUUGUAUUUGUAGCAGGAUUGAUAGCUAAAGAGGACAUUGAUAACUAUGUCUGGAUUUUUGACGUAUUCAUGAAAUGCAUGAUUCGCGAGCCAAAGUGUAUUGUUACAGAUCAGUGCCCUGCCAUGAAGCAAGCUAUACCAACCGUCUUUAGAGAAGCACAUCACUGUUUGUGCAUGUGGCACAUCAUGAAGAAAUUUAACCAAAAGUUGGAAAAAUACAUUUCGAAGAUGGAUGAUUUCAAGAGGAAGAUCAAUGCACUGAUUUGGAGUAUAGAUAUAGAUCCAGCAACAUUUGAAGUAGGUUGGAAAGAUGUUAUGAAAGAAUUUAAGCUUGAAAGUAAUGAAUGGUUGUGUGAACUGUAUAACAUUCGGGAGUCAUGGAUUCCAGCCUAUUAUGCUGAUGAUCCAAUGGCUGGUUUAUUGCGUACUAUAUCAAUAUCAGAGAGUGAGAACAGUUUCUUUAACAAACUCAACCGUAGAUCUGACAUAUUGACAGAAUUUUAUCUCCGAUACGAGAGUGCUAUGGAGAAGCAAAGGCAUACAAACGCAAGAUUAAACUAUGAAGGAACAAAGUCGAUGUCAAGAAUGGACACACCAUUGUUAUUGGAGAGGGAUGCAGCAGAGUUGUACACUCGAACAAUGUUUUAUGAGGUACAAAAAGAGAUAAUGUCAUCCUGUUAUGAUAUGAGUAUCAACAGUAUAUCAGAAGAAGAUGGUGUGAAGAUUUUUUCCAUAAAGGACAAAAAGAGACAAUGA